AUGGCUGUCAAGAAAGUCUGCAUUUUAGGCUCUGGCAACUGGGGUUCAGCCAUCGCCAAGAUUGUGGGUGGUAAUGCAGCCAAGCUGGCACAUUUUGACCCACGGGUGACCAUGUGGGUGUUUGAGGAAGAUGUUGGGGGCAGAAAGCUGACAGAGAUCAUCAACACACAGCAUGAAAAUGUCAAAUACCUGCCAGGGCACAAGCUUCCCUCCAACGUGGUGGCUGUCCCAGAUGUGGUCCAGGCUGCCGAGGAUGCUGACAUCCUGAUCUUUGUGGUUCCCCAUCAGUUCAUCAGCAAGCUCUGUGAUCAGCUCACGGGCCAUCUGAAGGCAGGCGCCAUCGGGAUCUCUCUCAUUAAGGGUAUAGACGAGGGCCCCAACGGGCUGAAGCUCAUCUCUGAAGUGAUUGGGGAGCGACUUGGCAUCCCUGUGAAUGUGUUGAUGGGAGCCAACAUUGCCAACGAGGUGGCUGAUGAGAAGUUUUGUGAGACAACCAUUGGCUGCAAGGACCAUGCCCAGGGGCUGCUUCUGAAAGAGCUCAUGCAGACGCCCAAUUUCCGCAUCACGGUGGUGCAAGAGGUGGACACAGUAGAGAUAUGUGGGGCCUUGAAGAAUGUAGUGGCCGUGGGGGCUGGCUUCUGUGAUGGGCUGGGCUUUGGCGACAACACCAAGGCAGCGGUGAUCCGACUGGGCCUCAUGGAGAUGAUCGCCUUCGCCAAGCUCUUCUGCAAGGGCCCUGUGUCCUCUGCCACCUUCCUGGAGAGCUGUGGUAUCGCUGACCUCAUCACUACCUGUUAUGGAGGGCGGAACCGCAAGGUGUCUGAGGCCUUUGCCCGCACAGGAAAGUCCAUUGAGCAGCUGGAGAAAGAGAUGCUGAAUGGGCAGAAGCUACAGGGGCCCCAGACAGCCCGGGAGCUACACAGCAUCCUCCAACAAAAGCGCUUGGUACAAAAGUUCCCUCUGUUCACGGCUGUGUACAAAAUAUGCUACGAGAACCAGCCUGUGGGUGAAUUCAUCCGCUGCCUCCAGAAUCAUCCAGAACAUAUGUGA